AUGGAAAUACUAGCAUGCAAUAUUGGAGCUAGAUUGGCCAAUUCAGUGAAGACACAUUUGAGUUUGGAAGGAAUUGAAUCAUUUUUCUGGAGUGAUUCCAUGGACGCUCUGUAUUGGAUUACGAAAGAAGGCCCUUGGAUGAUUUUUGUAUCCAACAGAGUCAGCGAGAUUAGAAGACUCUCAAAAACAUCUGAAUGGAAUUUUGUUCCUGGAGCACAAAAUAUUGCUGAUCUACUCUCAAGAGGAUGCUCGGUAAAAAACUUACUGAAGGAACAAUGGCACGAAGGCCCUGCAUGGUUAAGAGACUCGAGAGAUAAAUGGCCAAAUUUCGCACUUUCACCUGAUGAAAAUAACAUAAGUGCUGAAAAGAAGAAGAUUAUAGUAUCAUCUUCGAAUCAGAAGAGUGACGAAUUCUAUAACAAUAUCUCUUCCUACAAGAAAAUAAUUAGAGUUACAGGUUGGAUAUACCGAUUUUAUGAAAAUUCUAGAGGAUUAAGAAAAAAAUCGGGAAAUUUGUCUAACGAAGAAAUUAAAAGAGCUGAGCUAAAAAUCUUGAGAAAAGUUCAACAUGAUGAAUUGAGUGAGAAGACUCAUCAUCUGAAACCUUUGGCAACAUUUACGGACGAUGAUGGAAUUUUAAGAGUUAAAACGAAGCUUACGAUGAGUAAAGAAGAUGACAAUUUCAAAAUUCCAAUAGUUCUACCGUCCGAUCAUCAUGUUGUGAAGAAUCUUAUUUUAGGCAAACAUCAAGAGCUUGGACAUCCAGGAGUACAAUCUUUAAUGGUGGCUCUUAGAGAAAAUUAUUGGAUUCUUAAAAGCCGAAGAACUAUCAAGAAGAUAAUCAGAACCUGUGUCGUUUGCCAAAGAUUUAGUGUCAAACAACUCGACAUUCCAGAAGGUACACUGCCAGAAGAUCGAGUACGAGAGGCCUCGGUAUUCGAAGCUAUUGGGGUGGACGUCGCUGGUCCUUUGAUUAUAAAAGAAAACAAGAAAGUUUGGAUCCUUAUUUUUACUUGUGCUGUUUAUCGCGCUGUUCAUUUGGAACUACUAGCAGCUUUGUCAACAGACAAUUUCAUUUUAGCUCUGAGAAGAUUUAUAGCGAGAAGAGGUCGCCCGACCAUUAUAUUCUCGGAUAAUGGCACAAAUUUCAUCGGCGCGGACAACUCCUCAAAAAAGGUCAACAUUGAAAAAUUGAAAACAGCAUUUACUCCCAUAAUCUGGAAAUUCAUUCCUCCAAGCGCGCCCUGGUGGGGUGGGUUCUGGGAGCGUUUGAUAGGCAUGCUAAAAAGAAUCCUAAGAAAAGUUUUAGGUAGCUCUUCUUUGAACUACCAAGAAAUGGAGACAGUACUCUGCGACUGCGAAAGUCAAUUAAAUUCUCGUCCUCUGACUUACAUCAGUGACGAUCCCGAUGAUCUGCAUCCUUUAACGCCUGAACUUUUCAUAAAAGACACUCGCAGACUUAGACAAUCUAAAAUCAGACAAUAA